AUGGAUGCUAUUCCAUCUUUGGAGGAAGUUAGAGUGGCGGUUUUUGACUUGGGAGCUGAUUAUGCGCCUGGCCCAGAUGGCUUCACAGGCUCUUUCUAUAGACAGUGUUGGGACAUUAUUUCUAGAGAUCUCUUUAAUGCAAUUGCAAACUGUUGGUCUAUGCGUAAAAUUCCCAAUGACAUUAACUCUAGUUUUAUUGUUCUUAUUCCAAAAAAUAAUAAAUCUGAUGCUAUUAAAGAUUAUAGGUCAAUUGGCUUGAGUAAUUUUUUCUUCAAUAUUAUUACUAAGAUUAUGGCUACCAUGAUUGGUACUGUGCUAAAUAAGCUGACCUCUGAAGAGCAAGUGGCGUUUAUGAAGGGUAGAAACAUACAUGAGAAUAUAGCUUUGACGUCUGAAUUGAUCAAUGGGAUCAAUACAGAAAGGAGGCAUGGAAAUGUUGGCCUCAAACUGGAUAUUUCUCAAGAUUUUGAUACGGUAAGUUGGGGUUUCAUAGAUGAAGUUUUUCGUCAAUAUGGCUUUUCUGAUUCUUGGUGCAUGUGGGUUCUUAAUAUCCUUAGCUCAGAUCGGAUUUCUGUCAUGAUUAAUGGCUGCCCUGAAGGUUAUUUCAGUAUUACUAGAGGUCUGCGUCAAGGUGAUCCUCUCUCACCUUUGAUCUUUGUUCUUAUUGAAGCUGUUUUAAGUCGCAAUCUUUCCAAGUUGUUUGAAAAUCAUAGUAUGAAUUUUAUGGUUAGUAAAAAGGGUGUGGCUCCUACACACUUCCUUUUUGCGGAUGAUAUCCUUAUAUUCUGCAGAGGUAAUCUUCAUACUUUGCAAAAUUUGAAGAAUAUGCUUGUUUUGUAUGAACGUACGUCUGGCCAGUGUGUAAACUAUGCAAAGAGCAAUUUUUAUUUUGGAGGUGAUAGAAUUUCUCGUGCUAUUGCUAUUUCUAACUAUUUGGGUAUGGAGAGAGAUAUGUUUCCGGAUAAAUACUUAGGUAUUCAAUUGAAGCCUGGUAUUGUUCGGCAUAUUCAUGUUCGCCAAGUUGUUGAGAAGAUUAUGGAAAAGCUGGCUGGCUGGGAAGGUGCUCUUGGCAUUAAGAAGUUAAGUGAUGUUAAUAGGGCUAUGCUGAUGAAGCUUUGGAUUUCUAUUCGGGAUUCAAACAAGAUUUGGGACAGAUUUUUGAGGGCCAAAUAUUUUAAGAUCAAUGGCAAUCUGAUAAAUUAUAAGUUGGGCCCUAAUGAUUUUAAGUCUAAAGUAAGUGAUAUCAUUUUUGAUGGUGUUUGGGUUAUUCCUGAAAAAACAAGAGAUUUGAUGAUUCGUUGUAAUAUUGAUGUGAAAAAUUUCCCUGUUAUUGCUGGUGGUGAGGAUUAUAAAAUUUGGGACUUAGAUAGCAAAGGCGUUUUUUUAGUUAAGUCGUCUAAGGCCGCUCUUAAGACGCCGGCAGAAGUUGUGCCUUAUGCAAAUCUGUUUACUAGACAGGUAGUGCACCCUACCUUGAGUGUGCAAUACUGGAAGAUUUGGGCCAAAGUUGCUAGGAGGAUUUGGGCUUGGGUGGCUGGAAUUUUCAAGCUGGAUCCAAGUGAAGACCUGGUGGACUCGUAUAAGGCUGCUAAGGGUCGAAGCAGUAUGAUAAAGGACCCGUGGUUAGUUGCAAAUCUUGCAAUUGUCACGGAGUUAUGGAAGUUACAGGAGUUACGCAUUCUGAAUUAUUUCAAGGUGCGGCAUAGAUCAUGCAAAACGUCUACCACAAUUGAGAUUAGUUGGACUCCUCCUAAUCAAGAUGAAAUCAUGAUCUGUUGUGAUGGUGCAUCUUUCGGAAACCCAGGCCAAGCUGGUUCAGGUGUUGUUUUCCGUGAUGCAAGUUUGGAGGUGCUUGGUGUUCUUUGUGUUGGACUUGGUUGGCAAACAAAUUUCUAUGCAGAAGUAUGUGCGAUUAUUUAUGGUGCAAUUAUGGCCAAGAGAUGGAAUAUGCGGAGUAUAUGCAUUCGUUCUGAUUCUAAGAGUUGCAUUCAAGCUUUUCAAAAGGGUGAGCUGCCUUGGCAGCUGAUGCAGAAGUGGAAAAUUACGAAAUCUUAUUACAUCAACGUUCGUUAUAUUCAUAGUUAUAGGGAGGUUAAUUUCUCAGCUGAUGCCUCGGCCAAGCAAGCUUGUUUGCGGACUGAGGAUUUUUUUGAGUUUUUUGAGGGUAGGCCAAGUUUUAUUCCAUCUGUGGAAUGGCCUGGAAGGGUUUAUUAUCGUUUCAAAUAG